AUGUCUAAGAAACGAACUCUGGACGCAUUUUUUGCACCGUCCGCGAAGAAGUCGCGCAAAGAAGACGAGCCGGCCGAGAUUAUCGGGCGCUCUACCCAUGCCAACUAUCCCAUUGCGAUCUCAGAGUUACCAUCGAGUAUCAGCAAAGACCUCUCCUCGCUUCCGGCACGUCCGGGCAGAGAGAUCAAUGAUCAGCCUGAUAUUGACCUGGUCUACUUUGAGCCAUACAUCCCCUCAUACUUGACCAAAGAGCUCUUCGAGUUUCUACGUGCCGAGUUGCCGUUCUAUCGAGUCGAGUAUGACAUCAAUAGGGGCGGUUUCCAAACUCAUAUCCGGACGCCAAGAUACACUACAGUGUUUGGCCUGGACGAGACAGCCCGGUUUGAGGAAGAUGGCUCGGUUGUGGAUGUCAAGUCCGGCUUCAAAGUGGAUGACAAGCGAUAUGAGCGGUAUCCGCCACGACCGAUCCCCAAGUGCCUGGAUGACCUCCGUCGCUCGACCGAGGCCGCAACGGAUUGCAAGUUCAACUUUUGCCUCGUCAACUACUACGCUUCGGGCACGGACAGCAUCUCCUUUCACAGCGACGAUGAGAGGUUCCUAGGCCUCGACCCCGCCAUCGCUUCUUUUUCUCUCGGCGCAAGAAGAGAUUUCUUGAUGAAGCACAAGCCCAUGCCUCCAGAUGAUCAGAACCCAGACAGGCCACAACCCAAACAGCUCAAGUUACCUCUGGCCAGCGGCGACAUGAUUCUCAUGCGCGGACGCACGCAAUCCAACUGGCUGCACUCGAUACCCAAGCGGACCGGAAAGAACGCGGAAGACGGCGGGCGAAUCAACAUCACGUUCAGGAGAGCCAUGGUGAAGGACGGAACUGAAAAUUACUACAACUACAACGUUGGAACUGGGCCUGUCUAUCGGUGGGAUAAAACGAUGCGGGAAAUGCGGGUAUCUUCCGCCAAAGACCAGCUCGAGGGAAAACCAUAA